CGUUUCCGAAUACAGUCGCCAUUUUACAUUUAAUCAUUACAUUUGUGGAGUGUAUUUCUUUGCGUCAUAAAAAAUUUCGUUUUUCUUUUACUUGAAAUAUGUCGGAACACUCAGAUGAAGUUAGCAAUAUUCCAAAAGAUGGGGAAAUAGAUGGACCGAGAAUUAAUAAUUUCGCUCAAAAGUUUUUGGAUGAAUUGAACGAGGAACGUGAAAGGCUGAGCAGUGAAUUUCCCAUAUGUGCGCUGCUUAUGGAAGAAGCUAUUGAACGGGUAUGUACCACUGGGCGGAUUCCUGGACGUGAAUAUUACGCCGAUGUUUACAAACAGAAGCCCAUAAAACUCGUCCAGAAGGUUUUUGUUCCAAUAAAACAAUAUCCAAAAUUCAACUUUACGGGUAAAAUAUUGGGUCCUAAGGGUAAUUCACUUCGCCGUUUGCAAGACGAAACCCAAUGCCGCAUUGUAAUCAAGGGUCGGAAUUCGAUUCGUGAUCGCGCUAAAGAGGAAGAAAUGCGAAACUCUGGUGAUCCACGACACGCACAUUUAAGUAAAGAUUUAUUUGUAGAGAUAAGUACCGUGGCAACUCCCGCAGAGGCUUAUGCACGUGUAGCGUAUGCCCUGGCUGAAAUACGAAAAUAUCUUGUUCCUGACAAGAACGACGACGUUGCUCAAGAGCAACUGCGUGAGCUUAUGGAAAUUGAUCCAAAAUCAGCAAAACAAUUUUCAAAAUCUAUAUAUGACAACAAGAUGGCAACCAGUGGCCCAUCCAAGUACUUGAAUUUUGUUAAGCAAUAUGCAUACCAAAUGGAUCCUAAAGAAGAAGAAUCAGAAGAGGAGGUGUAUGAAACUCGCAUUCCUAAACGUGCAGUUGUACCGGUUUAUGAAUAUACUAAAGCAAAAAUUGCUCCAUCAACUUUGCCCUAUAAACGUCCACCAACCGCCGCCAUAUAUGGAACUCAAAUGAAACGCUUCCGCGAAGCUCCGGUUAGACCAGCAAUUAAACCAGUUGCACAUGGAAUAUUAAAGAGAUAUAAAUAAAUAAGUACAUCAAAAUUAAAUAAUUUUUAAUUCAAAUAAAUAUACAUCGUAAGAAAACUUAAUUAUAACUUAUGUAAUCACAUACUUAAUUUAACCCUGAAUAUCAAUUUAAAAUAUUGUGGAAAAAAAAAGAUAAAAUAAGGGCAUAGCUAGUGCUGUAGAAGCACUCUGUAUCAUGCCCUUAAAUAAUUCUACUAUCUAUACAGAGAAAUGAUUGUUAAAUGAUUAAUAAAUUAAAUUUUGUCAAAUAAAAUAUAAACUGAACCCA